AUGUCGAACUUCUGUCGUCUUAUGCAACGUACAACAUCGAGCAUACUCUAUGUAUCUCGUAUGAAUGCACACAAUCUACCAGCUGGUACACAUGUGAAAGUACCUGAAGCUCCAAAUGGAUAUCAUAUUGUUUCCGGUUCUGGACAAUUUAUUGCUACAGAUGGUCCAUCUGUUACAACACGCACAAGAAUUGGAGGUGGUAGUAGUGCUAGCAUGUUACCAGGUGCACAAACACCUCACGAUAAAAGUCAUUCACAUGGUGCUGGAAAAUCUCAUGGUUCAGCUAAAAGUCAUUAA